AUGGAGCCUGCGACUACAGAAACGAAGCUGGAUCUCUCGGUCUCAUCGAUUCGCAUUUUGACUUUGAAUUGCUGGGGUCUCAAGUACAUUUCCAAAUUUCGAUCUGAGCGACUGUCCGAAAUAGGAAAUCGGAUUGCAACCAUUUCACCACAGCUCGAUAUUGUUGGUCUACAAGAAUGUUGGGCCUUUUCCGACUAUCUCACAAUCAGAAACCGCACUCGGUCUAUACUUCCAUAUGGUAAAUUUUACCACUCGGGGAUAUUUGGCGCAGGACUGGCGAUCCUCAGUCGCUGGCCAAUCAGAGAGUCAUCUAUGUAUCGCUAUCCUCUCAAUGGUCGGCCAACUGCCUUUUUCAGAGGCGACUGGUUUGUUGGAAAGGGUGUUGCCUGUGCCAAGAUAGCGCUACCUGAUGGAGUGAAUAUUGAGGUGUUCAAUACUCAUCUUCAUGCACCAUAUGAGAAAGAGCCGAACGAUAGCUACAUCUGUCAUCGCACGGCCCAGGCAUGGGAAAUUGCCAAGCUGAUGCGAGCUGCAUCCGAACGGGGAAGCCUAGUGGUUGGAUUAGGGGACUUCAAUAUGGUCCCUCUGAGCUUUGCGCAUGUCCUCAUCGAAAAUCAAGGCCGCGUUCAAGAUGUCUGGCGAGUCCUCAAGCCCGAAAGUAGCGUUGGUGCAAGUAUCGACCCUCCCGAAAAGGAGAGAAGAAAACGAGUUGGAGAGGACGAAACUCCAACCGUCAACACAAGUCUCCAAGAGCAUGGGCAUACGUGCGACUCAGUACUGAAUACCUGGCGAUGGAACAAAGCAGACCAGGAGGCACUCGAAAAGGGCCGUGAUCGAAAGAUUCCAGGAACCGACCCUGAUCCCAAAGCUAAGCGCUUGGAUUAUAUCUUCUUCAGCGGAAUCGGUAAAGGCUGGAACGUCAAAGAUGUGCAAGUUGUCCUCACUGAACGGCAUUCUACCCUACGAUGUUCGCUGACUGAUCAUUUCGCCGUGCAAGCUACUUUGCUGAAAGGCCAGUCCUCUUCGUCGACCCCAGUAAGGAUUGAAGUCCAUGGGGCACUCAAUAAUUCAAGAAGUGAGGAUCCCCUUUCUGAGGUGGCGAGCUUUGAGGACAAGGAUUUUAUUACGGCUGUGUCGAAGGUGCCAACACAAUUCCAACUCGGAAAGGACUUCUAUAACGAUAUUCUAGCCAUGAUUGAUAAGUACGCACUACGGGAAAGAAAGCAACGACGAUAUCGACUAGUGCACUUCAUUGGAUCGGCAUUGUUUUCGAUUGGAAGUUUCAUUGCCGUAUGGUGGUCGCCCAUAAACUUUGUGUCGUUCAUUCUCAUUCUUGUGAGCAGUCUAGGACUUAUGGCUGGCACAGUGGAUGGGUUGAUCGGCGGCCUGUUUGUUGGAUCUGAGUUGCGGGCCCUUGCCGAGUUUGAAUGGGAGGUGCGGAACGCUCUCCAACUCACCGGUGGUCCAGUGCAGGAAGAUCAAGCACUUCAGGACUGGUACGAUAAAUGA